AGUGUCAUUUUGUGAUCUGUCUGCUGUCAUAUUACAAGUUAUUGGCUUUGUCGUGAUAGAGAAUUACGCCUACUUUUAUUUUUCUUGUUGAAUUUUAAACAUAGAAAGGAAAUCAUUUGGGUAUAAUAAAGUCGUCUUCAGUUGCACUUGUGUUGAACGCAGGUUUAUUCGUGGCUGAUAUUAUUGAAUGAUUAUAAAGUUUUGAACCCUUGACCUAGUAAAACUUCGUCAACAUGAAGAAAAAGGUUCUGUUAAUGGGCAAGAGUGGCUCAGGGAAGACGAGUAUGAGGUCUAUCAUAUUUGCGAACUAUAUCGCCAGGGAUACGAGAAGAUUAGGUGCUACGAUUGACGUAGAGCACUCUCAUGUCCGUUUCCUCGGCAACUUGGUGCUCAACCUUUGGGACUGCGGAGGACAGGAAGCGUUCAUGGAGAACUACUUCGCCUCACAAAGAGAUAACAUCUUCAGGAAUGUUGAAGUACUCAUUUAUGUAUUUGACGUGGAAAGCAGAGAAAUGGAGAAAGACAUGCAUUACUACCAGUCCUGUUUGGAAGCUAUUUUACAGAACUCUCCAGAAGCACGGAUAUUCUGCCUGGUGCACAAAAUGGACUUGGUACCGGAGGAGCAGCGCGAGGAGAUCUUCAAGGAGAGGGAGGAGGACCUGAAGAGGCUCUCCAAGCCUCUCGAGUGCACCUGCUUCAGAACUAGUAUAUGGGAUGAAACUUUGUACAAAGCGUGGUCGAGCAUAGUCUACAAGUUAAUACCCAACGUGAAAGCGUUGGAGUCGUCACUCAAACAGUUUGCGGAAAUUGUGGACGCGGAUGAGGUGCUACUAUUCGAGCGUGCGACGUUCCUAGUAGUGUCGCACUGCCAGCAGCGCGCCCACCGCGACGCGCACCGCUUCGAGAAGGUGUCCAACAUCGUCAAGCAGUUCAAGCUGUCCUGCUCCAAACUGGCGGCCCAGUUCCAGAGCAUGGAGGUACGCAACAGCGUGUUCGCAGCGUUCAUAGACGGGUUCACAAGCAACACGUACGUCAUGGUGGAGAUGUCAGACCCCAAGAUACCCUCGGAAGCGACCCUCAUCAACAUCAGGAACGCGCGCAAACACUUCGAGAAACUAGAGAAAGUCUCGUCAAGUGCCCCCAGCCAGUACCAAUGAGACAGUGCGAUUAAAGAACUGUGUAGUAAAAUUUCUAUGUACUAGGAGUGCAAAGCACCGUUGUCUUGCCAAAGCAAGUCAGUGAUAGUCCGUUUGUUAUGCGUGUGGACGCGAGAAACUAUGACGUCACACGUUUGUGUAGCUAAAACAGGUAUGUGUUGUAGUUUGUUUGUAUUACCCGAUUCUUAUUGUUGUUGUUUUUAUUAUCAACCGGUUUUUGCGUUGUAAUUUUGUUACCCAAUAUUUAUAAAAAGCUUCUGCCUGGCCCUUGGUGGCUAGUUUCAGUUUUAGAAUAUAAAAUCUUCAAGAAAAGAGAGAAGGUAUACUUCUAAAAAGCCAGUAACGCACCUGUGACUCCUCUGCUGUUGGGGGUGUCCAUGGACGCCGUUUAUCGCUUACCAUAAGGUGUCCCGUCUCGUCGUUUGUCUGCUUUGUCGUUUGUUAGCUGGUCGUGAUUAUUAUUUAUAAAGUCUAUAUGUUACAUUAUGUAUGUUUGCGCAUUAAAAUUAGACGUUUGCGCAACACGUCAUGUAGAACUACGUUUGCGCAAAAUGUACAUAUCGUUGCGCAAGUACGCACCAACCAAUAAGAAUCGGAUAAUACACGAACAAGUAGUGAAACGGGUUAUUUGUAGGCACAAUUAUUCGACGUUGUAAUGUUAAAUAAAUAAUAAUAAUAUGAGUAUUCUUUAUAAUUUUCAAUAGCUGCGCUCGAAAAGUUUUUGACACGGAAUUAAAUUGUUAUGUUCAGGACCGAUUAGAAGUUUUAUGCAUUAUUUUGUUUAACUAUUAAUAGGUUUUAUUGAAAGUCAUGAUUAUCUUUUACUUUUUAAAUACUCGUACAACAUGAUUUCUUAUAUUUUUCUUGACAAAACAGUCGCUUUAUAGGAACCUGUAAUGGCUUUAAAUGUUCAGUGCCUUACAAGUUGUUAAUAUCAAACUUGUAGUUAUACGGAACAGCUACAGUGAGGAAAUAGUACCUUUUUUAAUUGUUACUUUAUCAUUAGCAAGAUAGACGUACUAGAAAAUCGUUUCAAAUCCUAGAAAGUAAUCUUGACCUUAUUCAAGUUGAUAAACUUAUCGCCAUACUCAGAGUCAUUUAAUGGUUACUUAACCAAGUCCUUAGCGAUUGUUUUCAAUACAAAAUCGUUACUAAAACAUGGUUUAAGUAAUCAUUAAAUGUCUCUGAGUGCGCCAGUUAUAAAAUUACGCCGGUUAAUCUCCAAAGAGGUGAGCAAGUUAUAAUAAUAGUACCUAUACCUACACUAGAAAAAGACGCGAUUAUAAUAAUUUAAACCCGUUUUCCCUGGACGUCCACGCGACAGAUAAUAUCUCGAAUCGCUUUAGUAAAUUAAAUUUCGAGGUGUUUGUCGAUAAUAACGAAUGGACGGAGACAAUACUUAGUACCUUCAUUGGCUUGUAUUCAUCAUUUUAACCUCGUCUCCCACUAGGAUCAUUUGGCGAGCAAGAAGUGUCCCUGAAAACAUCGGGUGAAGUCGGGCGAAGUCGCACGACAUCGCCGCGACAUUGUUGACUGUGCGACAAGGAACAGUUUCAUCAAUAGGAACACAUGUCGCUCGACAAAUGUUCCUAGUAGAGACGAGGUUUAAUUGUGAUCUUUAAACGACAAUAUACAUCUACAGUUAUUGCCUAUUUUUUUGCUAUGCGCUAAAUUGCGCAAAGACUUCAAGCUGUAUAUAACUUGUCUUAUUAUUCAAUUUUUGACUGUAAUAUACACAAUAUUAAGUUGAAAUUGUAUUAAAGAGACAAGUUAGAGUAGCUUUGUGCUAGCGUUUAUAAGUACCUACGUUUUCUUUGCGCAAAUGUUAGCGCAAUUCAAUAUGGUAAUAACUACGUUUCAUAUAGUUUUCAUCAUUUAAUCAUACAAUUUAAAAUAAAUAAUGCUAGGUAAUUAAAUGUUAAGAAUGUGUGGACGACGAAUUUGUAUGUUAUCCAAAACGGGUCUGUUUGUGUUGCGUGUUUUUAAUUGUUUUUACUGCUCCCAUCACAAAUAUGUUGAUGCAGUCGCAUACAAAAUAUUUAUGUGAGCUAUAAUAUGAAUUUGCCUCAAGGAUGAAGAAUUUGGUCUUUGGUCUUUACAUUGAUAAUAAUGACAUAUAAUUGAGUGAUCUGGACUUCUGGAUUUUAUAACGAGAACUUGGCUCUUAAAAUUCCAUCACUCCUUUAAUCUCUAUAGUCGUACAAGCCUUCUGGAAAUACAUGUAAUAAUAUACUACAGUUACAGGUUAACUAAAAUAUUUGUUGUUUCUUGUAACCUUAUUUUGCUUCUGAAUCAAUAAUAUAAAUAAAUGAUACACAUUAUGAACUAGCCAAGUAGUACAACAAUUAAUUUGUCAAGAUUCCAGAGGCUAAGCGAGGCCAGAAGUCUGUGUUUUAAGUCACCAAACCCUCCACGCCGUAAUAAACAAUGUCCGACUUAACAGUUGAUAAAAAAAUGUAGGAAGAUAAAGAAGAAUGUGAUGUUUAAACAUUUUAUUUCUUGACUUCAAUCGAUUUUGAGAAAGUGAGUUAUAAAGAAACAAGGAUGGUUCUACAUUUUACCCCCUGAAGCCCCAAUAGUAUGGGUUCUUGCACUGAGUGAUUGGACCCAAGUCAGGUUAAUUUAUACCAUGACUGUGGUAACUUUGUACCUAUUAUAAUUAUUCUAUUAAAUUAAUAUUGCUGCUUUAUCAAAUAUUUAUAAGUUUAGGUUAUGUUUCUGUGAUUAUGUGUGGAGUACAAUUUCAGUUAAUAAUGGUGUUUUAAUAUAUAGGGUGACUGGUAAUUAGUGAAGGAUAUUUACACACGUGAUUGUACUCAUAAUUACAAACAACUUUUCCAAAGAAACAUUUUUGUAUACUCAUUAGUUUAUUUUUAUCACAAUAACAAAACAACAAAAUUUCGUGCGCGUGAUCAGCUGUUAGCAGCGUGGCGCCCGCACCCGCGUUCAUGGAAAAUUAGUAGGUAUUUUGGAAUUAUACGCGCGUCUGCUAAUAAAUUUUGUCAUUGUGAUAAAAAUAAAACUAGGAAAUAUAUAAAAAACGUUUCUUUGGGAAAGUUGUUUGUAAUCAUGAGUACAAAUCACUUGAUUAAAUAACCCUUACUAAUUACCAGUCACCCUAUAUGAAUAAUUAACUCACAAUUACUAACUGAAGUUGUAGUCUAAGUAAAUAAUUAUUGUCUGUUACACUGUCACUCUGCCGGCGGACGGAGUCGCAGUCUAGUUUAGUUUAUUCAGAUUUUAAGUUACUAUUUAUUGCAUACAGUCAGCCUAAGACUAAGCUCUAUGUAUCCGAUGUAUUUAUGUUGCACAAUAUUGUAAUAACUAGCGGCGAAUGUUGCUGUUUAUACCACAAGCCUAUUAAAAUAUUUUUAUAUUUA